AUGCGAAAUCUUCAUCCAUCACCCACCACCCAUGACCGGACAAAGGCGGCUGUUUUACUGAUAACUGAUAACUGCAGUAGUUCACCUGUUCAAUUCUCCCAAGUCCUUGUCGAGUCGCUACAGUCAAGCUCAGAGACCGAUGCUUCGCGCUCCCAAUCGUUAGAGCUUCAUAUCCAAGCCCGUGUUGCUGAGGAGCUGAACCGCAUCCGUGAACGUGAGACGCAAACUCUCGCCGAUAUCGAAAAGAGAAUAGCAGCUUCAUAUCCACCUGAGGGACCCGCAGCAGCCAAAAGCAACAUUUCUGCUCUUGCUAGCCAGCCUCUAUCCCUUGAGUCACCUCGAGUCCCAUUUGCCGGUACCGAAUUCGACCGUGUUCCGGCCACCUCUGCGCCUGCAGAAAGCAAUGAUGAAGCCGCUGCAAUUAAUCCCAAGAUGAUAAGCAGCGGAAGGGUUGCUAAGGAAAUUGAGGCAUUGCGAGAAUCACUGGCCACCAGGCCUACGAUCCGAAAAUUAGACCCCGAACUUGAAACUGCAAGGGAGGGAGUUGUGAAAUGCCUGCGUGAUAACCAGAAGCGACCAUUAGACUGUUGGCAAGAGGUGGAUACUUUCAAGCGCGAAGUUGCAAGGCUAGAAAAGGAAUGGGUCCAAAAAAUGAUAAGCUGA